CUCUCUAAAAGUGGAAAAAAAUGGAAACGCCGGGCCAAAAAAAACGCGGUGCCACUUCCCCUACUUGCAUCACCAGACAGCAGGAGAAGGAGAACCUUGGCAACCUCAACGACCGGCUGGCCAUCGAUAUUGAUAAGGUGCGCUCCCGGGAGGCAGAGAACCCCGGGCUACGACUGCGCAUCACAGAGUCCGAGUCUCUGGUCAGCCGCGACCUGAGCGGGAUCAAGUCCGCCUACGAGACUGAGCUGGCCAAUGCCCGCAGUGAGCGGGCCCGCCUGCAGCUGGAUCUCAGCAAGCUGAGGGAGGAGCACAAGGAGCUGAAGGCCAGUUUGCUGAUGACACAACCGUGGUGGGCCUCAUCAGGAACGACGACGAAUCCAACUACCGGAGCGAGGUGUGCCGCCUGGUCCAGUGGUGCGAUGACAACAACCUUCGCCUGAACGUGGAGAAGACCAAGGAGAUGGUGGUGGACUUCAGGAGACGACCUGUCCUGCAUCCCCCGCUUCUCAUCGCUGGUGCUGCAGUGGAGCAGGUCACCAGCACCAAGUUCCUGGGUGUUCACAUUUCCCAGGACCUGACCUGGAACACCAACACCACGGCACUGGCCAAGAAAGCCCAGCAGCGCCUGUACUUCCUGCGGAAGCUGAAGAGAGCCGGAGUUCCGUCCCCCAUCAUGUGCACCUUCUACAGAGGCACGAUUGAGAGCGUUCU